AACAAAACUUUGCAACAAUCACAUUAACGUGGGCGGAAGAACGAGGAAGAGGAAGCACGGGAGGAACAGGAGAGAAGCGAAGGCGGAGGAAAGAGGAAGAAAAGGAUAGAUUGGAGAGAAAAAGAGGAAGAGAAACAAGUGUGAGCACGGGAGGAAGGACAAAGGAAGUGAAAGAGAGAUAAGAGAGAAAAAGGAAGAGCAAGUGUGAGCACGGAGGAACGGAAGAGGGAGCAAGGAGGAGGGAAGAGGAGGAAAAGGAUAAAUUGGAGAGAAAAAGAGAAAGAGAAACAAGUGUGAGCACGGGAGGAAGGACAAAGAAAGAGAAAGGGAGAUAAGGGAGAAAAAGGAAGAGUAAGUGUGACCACGGAGGAACGGAAGAGGGAGCAAGGAAAAAGAAAGAAAGGGAGAUUAGAGAGAAAAAGAGCCAUAGAUAGAGGGAGAUGUCUGUAAAUGAGAGAUAAGAGAGGGAGGAGAAGGAGAAAGACAGGCAAAUAUAUAAAGAGUAAGAAAACCAAAACCAGAGAAAGAAAAAAUGUAUGGAGAGGACAUAAAGUCAGAAGAAGAGGAGGAGGAGGAGAACGGGAAACUGCCUGGGGAAGAAGAAGACGAGGAGAAGAGGAAUAAAGUGUUGAAGGAAGAGAUAGUGCAGGCAUUUCAAAACAACGGCAACACCAACCUCCUGCUGCCGGGGACUCACGACGUAGUGGACCACCCUCCUAAUGACUACGUGUUCAGAUAUGUUGACAUAGGCUUCCUGAUCUUUGGCACCAUAACCUUACUGGCGGACUGGGUCUUCGACAUCAUCGCGGUGUACAACCACUGGCGUCACGAAGACUUCAUGUGGUUUACAAUGACUGUGGUGUUCAUGAGUUGCUCCUCCCUGGUCAUCAUGGGUGUGUCAUUGUGGUGGUACAUCAAGGAUCGAGGCAAGGAGGAAGUAGCAGAAGUGUCGAGGGGCCGAUGGGUGGCACGCUUCAUCCUCCUCCCGCUUCAACUCGCACCACUGCUCAGGUACUAUGAAACCCUAGUCUAUGGACUGAAGAGCCGGAUGCACUGGAAACGCUACAGAGAAAGUGGCAGUGAGGAAGAUGUCAGAAAACAAAAGGAAUACUACACGUGGAUGCUUUACGAGGACUCCGACUGUGUGUUCCUCCGUAUGUUCGAGUGUUUUAUGGAGUCAGCGCCGCAACUCAUCCUCCAGCUGUAUAUUCUGAUCCGCACUGAUGAUCCCGUCAAGUACAGCACCACCUGGCGCUACCUGAUCUCGAUGAGCUCGUUGGUCUCCCUUGUCUCGCUGGCCUGGGGUGUGACGGCCUUCACACGCAGCACACGCUUCACAGCCCUCGAGAAGAAGAAUAUUUCCAUCGCUGGGUCUGCUGCCAUCUUCUUCUGGCAAUUCUUUAUUCUGGCGGCGCGAGUGACGGCCAUGGUGGCGUUCGCCUCGAUUUUCCAGCUGUGGUUGGUGUACGUCUGUGCUGCCCACUGUGUUCUGAUGGCUGUCUGGCUGCUCUCUCGCCGCCUGAAAAAUCUCCGCUCAUCGCCUCUUUGGGAGAUUACACUGAGCAUCCUCAUGGGUAUCAUCUACAUCUUCGUCUUUCUCAACGACGAGGACGAACCCACGCGCUGGAAAUACGUCAUCUACUACACCAUUUACGAGGUGGAGAAUGUGGUCAUGAUCGUGAUGUGGCUACUCUGCAGCGACCCGACCACAGCUUACUACCUCACGGCCUUCUUUAUCCACAUCUGCACCUUCGUCCUCGGCCUCAUCAUCAUGCAGGUCUACUACAAGUUCCUGCAUCCUGACACCUCGCCCCCCCACUCCCAGUGCCAACAACCCCAGGACAAGGAGAGCCGGGAGCUGGAAACAAAUCAUACGGAGUUAGAACAUGUACAUGAAUGCUAGUAUUGUGUGUGCGUGCGUGUCUGUUUACCUUGUUAUAGUGUACAGGAUUAGUUAAUUAAUUCCUUAGCUAGUUUUCCUGUCACCAAAUCUAUUUUUUAUAUACAGAUUUUAAGGCCUGGACUCAUUUUUUAAGUGGCCUAUGUAAUACGUAAUGAUUAAGUACGUAAUAUUAUCUGUGUUUUAUGGACUGCGCUGUGUCCGAAUUGUUACCAAAGCAAAUAUGAACACACAUUAUGUGAGUGCAAGUGUGUGUGUGUGUGUGUAUGUAUGUGUAUGUAUGUAUAAUUUAAGUUAAUUAUAUCACAAACAAAUCUACGAGUAAAAAUUUGAAUUUAUGUGUGUGCGUGUUAGUUUCAUGCUCUCAUCACACACAUAAGCACAAGAUGCGAAGAAUCAGAGUAUGCAUGUAGCCAGUGCCUGACUACUUAUUGCCUCUGUGCUCAUCUCUGUCUCCUUUGCACAAUGACGCAGUAAUUAUAUACUCAUCCAUUUCA